AUGUGUCUGACAGAAACCUGGCACCAGCCAGAGGUUAACUCUGCCCUAAAUGAAGCCUGUCCCCCCGGUUACAGUUACGUGGAGGCAGUACGCAGCACUGGCCGCGGUGGUGGCCUAGCUGUCAUUCACCAACAGGACCUGGAGUUGUCCCCCAUCUCGCUGCCUGCAACAUCUUCCUGCAAGUGUCUUGCAUUUAAAAAUUCCAGGGGACACACACUCCUUCCCCCCACACAAAAACCAAAACGACAGAUCCACUUCAGAAAGCUGAAAAACAUCAAUGCGAAAGCCCUGGCCCUGGACCUUCAACGUCUCUCCUCCGGCUCUACUGACUUCCUUUCUGUUGCUGACUCUGUGGAUUUCUACAACCAGUUCCUGAGCAGUCUCCUGGACCUCCAUGCCCCCUUAACAUACAGGAAGAAGUGGAGGACAUCAUCAAAAAAAAUCAAGCUGUCUACCUGUGCCCUGGACCCUUUCCCUACAGCCCUGCUGAAGGCCAACAUCUCUGCCAUCUCUCCAUUCAUCACCAAGAUCAUAAACUACUCUCUCCUGAGGUUGGAGAAGAGAGUGUUGUCUUUAAGAAAACGCCGCAUCAAUUUCCAUUGCUACGCUGAUGAUACCCAGCUGUAUUUAUCUAUAAAGCCAGAAGAAACUAAUCGGGUCGACAAACUUCUGGAUUGUCUUAAAGACAUAAAGGCCUGGAUGACUUAUAAUUUUUUACUUCUAAACUCAGAAAAAACUGAGGUCAUUAUACUCGGCCCUAAACACCUCAGAGAAACAUUAUCUGAUCAUAUAGUUACUUUGGAUGGCAUUACCUUGGCCUCCAGCUCUACUGUGAGAAACCUUGGAGUUACCUUUGACCAGGACAUGUCCUUUGACUCACACAUAAAACAAGUCUCUAGGACAGCCUUCUUUCACCUGCGCAAUAUCAAGAACAUUAGAAACAUCCUCUCUCAAAAGGAUGCUGAAAAACUAGUCCAUGCUUUUGUUACUUCUAGACUGGACUACUGUAAUUCAUUACUGCUAGGAUGCCCCAAUAAGUCUGUGAAAAGCCUCCAGCUAAUCCAAAAUGCCGCAGCUCGAGUUCUGACAAGAACUAGAAAAAGAGAUCAUAUUUCUCCAGUGUUAGAAUCUCUGCAUUGGCUUCCUGUAAAAUUUAGAAUAGAAUUCAAAAUACUGCUCCUAACAUACAAAGCCCUUAAUAAUCAAGCUCCAUCAUAUCUUACAGAGCUCCUAGUUUCAUAUUAUCCCAAUAGAUCACUUCGCUCUGUAAAUGCAGGAUUACUUGUGGUUCCCAGAGUCUGUAAAAGUAGAAUGGGAGGCAGAGCCUUCAGCCACCAGGCUCCUCUCCUCUGGAACCAGCUCCCAGUUUGUGUCAGGGAUGCAGAUACCCUGUCUACAUUUAAAGUUAAACUUAAAACCUUCCUUUUUGAUAAAGCUUAUAGUUAG